AGACUUGACUUCUCGUCAUCAAAUACCCAAAAUACCCUGGCAUGCAAAUAUCUCCCGCUGGGUGCAACCCGUGGCGCACGUUGGUUACCAUUCCAGACGCCAUGGUGUCCUGUCGCUGCGCCGUCCUGCCCCACCCUGCCGGAGUGGUCCCUCGUCGCCGGCAACACCUACCCGCACAGGCGUUCUGCGGGGCGGAGAGGAGGAGGCGGCGGCGGCUCGUGAGCUUCGAGGCGCCGCCUCGGUGCCACAAGAUGUAUGUUCCCGGCUUUGGAGAGGGCUCCCCAGAGAAAAAGGCGGCGAUUAGUCUGCUGAACUUCUUCAAUUACCUGGCCGUCAGGAUUGUGCUGGCACAGCUUGAGAGUUACAACCGAGAAGCCUAUGUUGAGCUCAAGGAGUUCACCAGCCGCAACUCCGUGAACGACGCUGAUAGUUUCUGCAAAAACCUGAUCCGCGAGUCGCCAAGACACAAGGCAUUAGGGUUUGCUCAUGCAUCUGCGACCGCAGGUUCGAUCGGCUUAUAUGAAGAAUGAUUUCGAGUGGGACAACCUGAAGAAGCUAUCGUUCAAGAUGGUUGAUGAGGCCAAUAUAAAGCUCAUGAGGGAUUAUGUCCUGGAGACCAGCCACAUAGAAGACGACGAGUGAAGAUAUCCCAUGUACCCUCGGCACGUCUGCCGUGCAGGCCUCGAUCGAUCGACAGCUCUGCACACGCACAGGAUUUGAUUAUGUUCUUUUAUUACCAAGUGCGGUUCAAACUCCGUGUAUUUGGGACUGGAAAUUAUCAGAUAACGUGACGAUGCGCGCUAAAGGAUUAUACCACGCUGAAACUGAAUCCACGGCAUCCUGAAUCAAGUGCUAUUCCCAGUGUUUCACAA